AAUGGAUCAGGAUCACUUUCGCCGUAUGCUUGCAACCCCUCAAGCACGCGGCUCCUCUACACUCGGCGCUGCGGCAACGUCACGCGCAAAGCUUGCUGUUCCUACGAAAAGACAGCCUGUAGAACCACCCCAACCAGCGUUUAAGCCGCGGAAAGUAAAGAAAACGGCUGAUUCUAAAUACCGCGACCGCGCUGCAGAGCGGAGAGAUGGAGAAGGGAAUGACUAUGCGCAGGUUGAGGCAAUUCUUGAAGACUUUGAGAAGAGGAAUGAGGGCGAAGACAAGAACACGAUUGAUGCUCAACGUAAAUACUUGGGUGGAGAUGGAGAACACUCAGUCCUCGUCAAGGGCCUUGACUUUGCCUUGUUUGAACAAAAUAAAGCAACAAGCACGCUAACCAAAGACGACGUCGAUGAACUCGAGCAAGCAUUUGCGGAAUCAUCGUCGCAUGCUGAACCCACCGCCGCGAAGAAGCGAACGCGUCAAGAUCUCAUCGAGGACCUUAAGCGACAGAGGGCCGAACAGAGGGGCAAGGCCAGUCCUUUACCUCAUAUCGAUGGAGAGGGCAAGCGGUCGUUAGAGCAAACAGGCAACUUCAAACCUAUUGGGUUCAAAUCCAUUGGUUCAACGUCGACGAAGAAGAAGAAAUCAACUACGGAAGGAGGCGAUGGUGAAAAGAAGAAGCGGAAGAUUAAAGAAUCAUCCGCAGAGACUCCGAGCAGUCCGAUAGCCCGUCCCCACGUUCCUCCAACGAUUGUUGAGAUCCCCAAGGAACCUGAACCCAUCGACGAGGGCCUCGACAUUUUUGCUGACGCUGGCGAGUAUGAAGGGAUCGACGUCGAUGGCUCCGACGACGAACCCUCACAAAUAGGGAAGGAAGCCCAGCAGAAGCCACAAAAAGAGGAAGAUUUGGACGAUGCGCCGCGACAUUGGAUACCUAUGAAUGAAUCAAUACCUCCACUAAGACCAGAACCUAAAGCCAAAUCUCCGCCCCCACAACCUGCCUCGGCGGCCGACAGUGGUGAAGAAAUGCAAGAUGAACGCCCUAUGCGCCUUGUUCCGCUCGAAAGCUCAGCCCUACCAUCAAUAAAGGACCUGCUGGCCAUGGACAAAGCGUCGACGUCACAUGAUAAGAACAAGAAACGAAAAGAGAAGAAGAAAAAGAAGAAAGCAGCGGGUGAUGACGAUGACGAUUG